CUCAUCAGUGGUUCAAGCUAGAAAAUGACUUUUUUGAAAGCUACUCAUUGUCCGUUCGGCUUCAGAUCGGAUCGCUCAUAGUUUAAGGAGGUUUAAUUUGCGAGUUCGAACCAAUUCAAUCACCUUUCACAACGUUUUUCUCUUAUUUGGCGUCAAAUGCUUUAAUCCAAUGAUGAAUGCAACUUCCUUCCGCAAAAUCGCCUUUCUGAAUCAAAAUCUAAUCUCACUUCUCGAUGGAUGCAAAUCAAUGUUUGAACUCAAGAGAAUCCAUGCUCUACUUUUCACUUUAGGCAUCUCUCAAGACGAAAUAAUCAAAUCCAAACUUCUCUUGUUCUCUGCGCUCUCCCCUGCUAGGGAUCUUGAUUACUCGUAUAAGCUGAUAUUGAAUCUUCCCAACCCUACAACCUUCAAUUGGAACACUCUCAUAAGGGGGUUCUCAAAUACCAAAAAUCCAAAUCCUUCAAUCACCGUCUUCAUCAAAAUGCUGCAAAAUGGGGUCUCCCCUAAUUAUCUGACAUACCCUUUUCUGGUGAAGGCGACUUCUAAAUUGUUGAAUCAGGAGCUUGGGAUGGCAUUGCAUGUUCAUAUUGUGAAGUCUGGGCAUGAGAUUGACAAAUUCAUACAGAAUUCAUUGAUUCACAUGUAUGCCUCUUGUAGAGAUAUUGCAUCUGCACGCAAGGUGUUUGAUGAAAUGGCAACAAAGAAUUUGGUGACUUGGAAUGCCAUGUUGGAUGGGUAUGCCAAAUGUGGGAAUUUGAAUAUGGCUAGGGAGGUGUUUAGUUUAAUGCCCGAGAGGGAUGUUGUGUCAUGGAGCUCUUUGAUUGAUGGGUAUGUUAAAGGCGGGGUAUAUGGGGAGGCCAUGGCCCUUUUUGAGCGCAUGAGCUUUGUUGGACCCAUGGCAAAUGAGGUGACUUUGGUGAGUGUUUUGUGUGCUUGUGCCCAUUUAGGUGCCCUUGAACGUGGGAGGAUGAUGCACCGUUAUAUAGUUGAGAAUGAGUUGCCGUUGACAAUUGUGCUGCAGACAUCUCUAGUGGACAUGUAUGCCAAAUGUGGUGCAAUACAUGAAGCUUUGACCGUGUUUCGUGCAUGUUCACUACAAGAGGCUGAUGUUCUAAUCUGGAAUGCUAUAAUUGGAGGUUUGGCAACACAUGGGUUGAUUAAAGAGUCUCUGGACUUGUUUUGCAAGAUGCAAAUGGUUGGGAUUGUGCCGGAUGAGAUCACAUACUUGUGCUUGUUAAGUUGUUGUGCUCAUGGGGGACUGGUGGAAGAGGCUUGGUAUUUCUUUGAUUGCCUUCGUAAACAUGGUAUGUUUCCAAAGGUUGAGCAUUAUGCUUGUAUGGUAGAUGUCUUAUCAAGAGCUGGUCAGGUAUCUGAGGCAUACCAAUUCUUGUGUCAAAUGCCUGUCCAACCAACAUCUUCCAUGUUAGGCGCGCUCCUUAGUGGCUGUAUGAAACAUGGAAAACUGGAUAUUGCAAAAGUAGUAGGAAGGAGGCUUGUUGAGUUAGAUCCAAAUCAUGAUGGUAGAUAUGUUGGCUUAUCCAACAUAUAUGCUGCUGAUAAGCGUUGGGAUGAUGCCAAAAAUAUGAGAGAAGCUAUGGAAAGGAAGGGAAUGAAAAAGUCUCCCGGUUUUAGUUUCAUUGAAGUAUAUGGAAUCCUUCAUCGAUUUAUGGCCCAUGAUAAAACACAUGGCGAUUCCAAGCAGAUUUUUAUGAUGCUGAAUUUUAUUGUAGAUCAAAUGAAACCCAUUGAAGAUUAUGUACAUCAAGAGUGUUGUUUCUAUGACAUCAUAAACAUCUCCUGAUUCUUUAAACAUGCCAAUUAUACAUAUUUACUCAAGAAAUACCACUUUUAGACUCCUUUCAACUCGUAGGGUUGUGUGCUGUACUUAUUUGUGUUAUGCCAAUGAAUUUCUCACAUGCACCGUGGUGGAUCUAUUGCUUCAAA